GGACGGACAUGUGAGCAGUUCCCCACUGUGCCACUGCAUCACUUCAGAAUACUGUUUGAGCUGAACCCCAAACACAAGACAAAAUGAGUGCAGAGAAAAUGACAAGAGAUGAUAAGGUAAAGAAUCUGGAGUGCCUCUUCACAUGGGACGUGGACAAAGAUGACAUCAAUGACUUGAAGGGCAUCCCAGAGAAGCUCCUGGACCGCGUCAAGUACUGUCCCCGCAGGUACCACGCCACCUACUUCAACAUCCUGGCCUUUGUGAGCCACCUGCAGGGUAGGAACCACACUGCUCUUGAAUACCUGGCCAAGUCCGAAGCUGUGCUGAAGGAGGAGAAGCAAGACGAGGCGGACUUCCUGGUCACCUACUCCAGCUUUGCAUGGCUGCACCAUUACCUGGGUAACAUGAAAUACAUGGAGACUUACCUGGGCAAGGUGAAGAGAGUAGGUGAGGGUGGAGAGACCGCCGUGGAAGCAGAGAAAGGGUGGAGCUUCUUAAGGAUGGGGGCUAAGCUCUAUCCAAGGGCCAAGGAGAGCUUCCAGAAGGCUCUGGAAGCCAAGCCUGACAGUGUGUCCUACAAUGUGGGCUAUGCCAUAGUCCUUUAUCGGUUGGAGGAGCUUGUCAGAAAGGAUGUUAACAACAUGCCUAAGGACAGCCCUGCAGCCAGACAACUACAGAGAGCCUUGAAUCUCGACCCCACAGAUGCUGAAGUGAUGGUCCUCUUAGCCCUGAAACUCCAAGGCUUUGACUCUUCAAAAUGCAGGGAGCUGAUCAGCAAGGCCCUGACAGUGUGUCCAGAUGUACCCCAUGUAACCAGGAAUGCUGGGAGAUACUUCAGGAGAGACAGCUCCAUAGUAGAAGCCUUAAAAAUCCUUGAAGAGGCUGUCAAGAGAGCUCCCAAUUCCUCUUUCCUAUAUCACCAGAUGGGACAAUGCCAUUGGCAGGAAGUGGUUACGAUGAAGAAGUCUGGAAAGUGGAGGGCAGACUCUGCGCAGGUCAAGGCCGCCAUCACUGAAAGCAUCCGCAACUUCAUCAAGACCAUUGAGCUGAAGCCGUCUAACACAUAUGCCUGGGUGCACUUGGCAAUAGCCUACGCAGAAAACCGACAACUGGAGGACGCCAAGGCCAUUUUCACCAAGUUGCUUUCAGAUGACUCCCUGAGCGACACGGAGCGACAGCACUGCCACAACAAGUACGGCAGUUUCCUGAGGCACCAGAUGAAGAGCAACACCCAGGCAGUGGAUCAGUUUAAGAUGGCGUACAGGAUCAGGAUCGACAGCAGAGACCGGCAGGAGGCUUGAGAGAAUCUCCGGCAGCUUGGGAUCGACAUGGCUAAAUCAUGGAGAGCCCAGGAGGAUGACGGCAUUUUGGCUUUUCUGUCUGAAGUUGACCAGCAGGACAGACAGCUAACCAGAGCUGCAAGAGCUGCAGAAAGUGAUCUUAAUGACCUUAAUGACAGCUUCAAAAGAAAGAUGGCAAUAUCAAGCCAGCUCAAAAAUACACUCACAGGGCCCUAA